AUGGCGACCUCAACCAUCACCUUGGUUGUCGAACCACGAGGAAAACCCAUCAGGAAUCUUCCCAAGGAAGUGCAGGUUGCUCCCAAUGCUUCCGCGGACGAAAUUUAUCGCAAGCUCGCCGAGGCAUCCGGCUCCUCCAUCCAUCGCCUGAGGAUCACCAAAGGCAGCGAUCGAACCGUAGUUCCCAACGCGACAUCUGCCACUGUCGAUGCCACCGGCCUCAAGGACAAGAGUGUCGUUCAUGUGAAGGAUCUCGGCCCUCAGAUCGCAUGGCGCACCGUCUUCAUCAUCGAGUACCUGGGACCUCUGAUCAUCCCUGCAUUGUUCCUGUUCCCUCUCCGUCCUUACCUCUAUUAUAAUUUCGACCAACCCCUCCCGGACCCUUCGGACCUCCAGCUCCUCGUCUGCGCGCUGCUGACCAUCCACUUCGCCAAGCGGGAGCUUGAAACCGUCUUCAUCCAUCGGUUCAGCAAUGCGACCAUGCCCGCCCGCAACAUCUUCAAGAACAGCGCCCACUACUGGGUUCUCGCCGGUUUCAACAUCGCCUACUGGGUCUUCCGUCCAGACGCUGCCUCCGCCACCACUCAGCCCAACCCCGCCCUCCUCUACACCGGCCUGGCUUUGUUCGUGUUCGGUGAAUUGGCGAACUUAAACUCCCACUUGGUCCUGCGCAACCUGCGCCGCCCCGGUUCCACCGACCGGGGUAUCCCGUCCGGCUUUGGGUUCAGCGUUGUCACCUGCCCCAACUAUCUGUUUGAGAUCACCGCUUGGGUCGGCGUUUACCUGGUCAGUGGGCUGAGCUGGAGCGUGCUGUUCUUUAUCACCGUUGGCGGCGCCCAGAUGGCAAGCUGGGCCCUGAAGAAGGAGCGCCGCUACCGCAAGGAAUUCCCGGACAAGUACAAGCGCAAGCGGUUUGCCAUGCUUCCUGGAAUCAUCUAG